AUGUCGUCGCACAGUUCUUCUGACGAGAAGCACGCUAUCUCUCACAGCGUUGAGAAGGCGCCUGCUUCUCCCGAGGUUACCCUCACCAGUGCCGGCAAGGCCAAGAAGGCAAAGAAGGAGAAGGUGGUCCACAAUGCCGAGCUUUAUGCUGCCAUCCAGGAGGCCAACAUCAACCCAUACAGCAAGGAGUCGAUCAAGCUCUACUUGUCCGUCUUCAUUGCCUUCUGCUGCGCCUGUGCCAACGGUUACGAUGGCUCCCUCAUGACCUCGAUUAUCGCCAUGAAGUCCUACCAGGCCGUCUUUCCCGUCGGUGACACCGGCCCGCUUGUCUCGGCUAUCUUCUCCCUCUACACUGUCGGUGCCAUGGUUGGUGCCCCAUUUGCUGCUAUCCUCUCGGAUCGCUAUGGUCGUCGCGUUGGUAUGUUCUGUGGUGGUGUUGUCAUCAACAUUGGUAUGAUUAUCAUCUCCACAGCCAUGACCACCCCCCAGUUCAUCGUUGGUCGCUUCGUCCUUGGUCUGGGUAUUGCCGUUAUGACCGUCGCCGCCCCCGCCUACGCUAUCGAGAUCGCCCCCCCACACUGGCGUGGACGUUUCGCUGGUUUCUACAACUGCGGUUGGUUCGGUGGUGCCAUUCCCGCUGCCAUUGUCACUUUCGGCACCAACUACAUGGGCAACAACUGGUCGUGGCGUGUGCCUUUGAUUCUCCAGUCCGCUGCUUGCGUGCUCGUCAUGGGUGCUGUCUGGUUCUUGGAUGAGUCUCCCCGUUUCCUGAUGGCCAACGGCCGCGAGGAGGAGGCCAUCGCUUUCCUUGUCAAGUACCACGGCAACAAGGACCCCAACUCUGCCCUUGUUAGGCUUGAGGUUGAGGAGAUGAGAGAGGGUAUCAGGCUCGACGGUAUCGACAAGGUCUGGUGGGACUAUCGCCCCCUGUUCCUCACCCACAACGGCCGCUGGCGUAUGGCCCAGGUGCUCAUGAUUUCCAUCUUUGGUCAAUUCUCUGGCAACGGUCUCGGUUACUUCAACACCACCAUCUUCCGCAAGUUGGGUGUCACCCAGGUUCCCCAGCAGCUCGGCUACAACAUUCUCAACCAGGGCAUUUCCGCCAUUGGUGCCCUUACUGCCGUCACGCUUACCGACAAGAUGCCUCGCCGCAAGGUCCUCAUCAUCGGUACCACUCUCUGCUCCUUUGCUCUGGCUGCCAACUCGGGUCUUUCCGCCGUGAUUGCCAACCAGGAGGCCGAGAGGGGUGAGGGCAACUUCGACCUCAGCUACGGCAAGGGUGCUCUCGCCUCUUACUUCCUCUUCAACGUUAUUUUCUCGUUCACCUACACUCCCCUCCAGGGUGUCAUCCCCACCGAGGCUCUCGAGACCACCAUGCGUGCCAAGGGUCUGGCUGCUUCCGGCUUCAUCGUCAACGCCGUCUCCUUCAUCAACCAGUUCGCCACCCCCAUUGCUCUUGGAAACAUUGGAUACAAGUACAUCUUCGUCUUCGUCGGCUGGGAUUUGUUUGAGGCGCUUAUGUGGUACCUCUUCUGCGUUGAAUCCCAAGGCCGCACCCUCGAGCAGCUUAACUGGGUCUACGACCAGCCCAACCCCGUCAAGGCCUCGCUCAAGGUCGAUAAGGUCGUCCUCGCUGACGAUGGUACCGUCAUUGAGACCGCAGCGAGGGGCGUUUCCGGCAAUGCUGACCGCGCCGAUGCCAUCUAAGCACCAUCUCACAACAUUACGAGAGUUUGAUGAAAUACCGAUGGGUUAUAUUUGUGUUGUCGCAAAUGGGUUGAGUUUUUGAUGUAAUCUAGGUGUUCCCAAGCGGGAAGAUGGUCGGCUAUGGAGCAAGGUGCAUGAUACCAAACCAAAUCUGCCAAUUUUGAGGAUGCUCAGAUGGUAUUUACGAAUAAUAAUGUGUUGAAACAACUUUUUGCUCCUUCAUCUGAUGUUUGUGACGCGAUGAUGUCUUUGACACCGAAAUCUCGCAUGUGCCUGAUGCCGACCAGCCCAAGAAAGACCAAGACAAAAAGGCCACGAUGUCACGCUGGUAGCGAAACGGCUACGCUAACAAGGGAAC